UACAAAUGUUCUGACUGCUAUAACUUUUGAAUCAGUUUAUAAAUAUAUGUGCAUAUGCAUUUAUCCUUUUAAACCUUAACGAACCAAAGCGUUUACAUUUUAGAUAUUUAUUUUUUACGCCAUAUUAUUCAGCGCUAACUGAACGCAGUAUGUUUUCAUACGAGAUGUACGUGAGUUUCCUCGCUCUGUCAUGCCUCGCUGGGAUACCCCGGUCCACGGCCGCGGCGUGCGAGCCUGUCCGCAUCCCUAUGUGCAAGUCGAUGCCGUGGAACAUGACGAAGAUGCCGAACCAUCUUCACCACAGCACGCAGGCGAACGCGGUGCUGGCCAUCGAGCAGUUCGAGGGUCUGCUGGGUACCCAGUGCAGCCCGGACCUGCUGUUCUUCCUCUGCGCGAUGUACGCACCGAUCUGCACUAUAGAUUUCCAGCAUGACCCGAUAAAGCCCUGCAAGUCGGUGUGCGAGCGGGCGAAGUGCGGCUGCGAGCCCGUUAUGAAGAAAUACAACCACACAUGGCCGGAAAGUCUCGCCUGCGAAGAGCUGCCUGUGUAUGACAGAGGGGUCUGCAUCUCCCCGGAGGCUAUAGUCAAAGCUGAAGGACCUGAUCCAUACAAUCAAGACUUCUCGAAAUGCCCACCAGAGUCAACACCAGACUUUCCAAUGGAUUCCCACAAUGUUAACUGCAAAGGCUCAAACAGUGAACGAUGCAAGUGUAAGACAGUUAGACUUGCUCAGAGGACAUAUUUAAGGAAUAACUACAAUUACGUAAUUCGAGCACGAGUUAAAGAAAUUAGAAGCCGGAAUCACGACCUGAGUGCGGUGGUUGAAGUCAAGGACGUCCUGAAAUCGUCCCUGGUCAACAUCCCCCGUGACACCUUGACGCUCUAUUACAAUUCGGGGUGUCUGUGCCCUCCCCUCUCUGCCAACGAAGAGUACAUCAUCAUGGGCUACGAGAAUGAGGAGCGGUCCAGGUUGCUGCUCAUUGAGGGAUCCAUUGCUCAAAAGUGGAAGGACCGUGUGGGAAGGAAAGUUAAGCGUUGGGACCAGGCAAUGCGCGAACAAAGCCGGGGAGGUGCGGGGAAGAGCAGCGGGAGGAGGAGCCGUCACUGAGGCGGAGACGCGUGCAGCCGCGGGAGGGCGGAGCUAGCGAGACGUGGAGCCAAGAAUAACCAAGUGAAAAAUUGCACUAUUGCACGUUCUUUUUUGUAACGACACGUUAACUGAAGUUUAGUCGAAUGUAGGCUGUUUUUGUUUUUGUUUUUGAUUUAUCAUUAGUUGUAAGUAUUGGUUUGCUUCUCUUUGCUUCCCUUGCCAUGAGAGUAGCAUUUAUUUAACAGCACUGUGUUGGAUGUCAGAAGCCCUUGGCUUUGGACUUGGUUGAGGGAUGGACUUUUUCUGUGAGCGAGUGCAACGAAAGUUAUCCGAAGAACAAGAGCGGGACAUUUGUUUGACGGCCACAUGCUGGCUGAAGUGGACGUUUUUGUGACACCAAAGUGCUCAGAUACGCCGCAGUGUUCAGCUUAAUCCUUCUAACACAAAGAUAAACAGAACUCAAACAAGCAGCCUGGUUGUGGCUAUCAUUUGCACAGCCCCAAAGGAGACUGAACACUCUUCAGAGGAGCCCUGAGGAUUGAAAAGAACCUCAUAUUUUUUUUGGCAAGAGUCUGACAGGCGUGUCUGGAUGAUCCAAGAGUUGGAAAAAAAUGGUAUCGGGGCAAAACAAUGUGACAUGCCUAUUGAAAAAUGUCCACUUUAAAGGAGCUUUAUACACAAUGUUUUUGAAUACCUGUUAUCUGUUAGUUUUAAACAUGUCAUUGGUUUCCUUUUUCCUCCAUUUGCAUUCCUUGGAACUUACAUAACAUGACAUAUUAACUGUCUGGCAACUGUCUUUGGUCAGCUUGUUUUUUUUUUUUUCUCUACUGAACUUUCCAUUCCUCUUUUUUUUCAUUUGAGCUGCCCUGGUUCCCAGCCACUCCAAAGAUGCAUGUAGAAAACCGGGUGGAUGUGGAUCCUGUUUGUAAACCAGAUCAGCUUCAUCCUCUCGUCACAUCUUGUGUCUCAGCCAAAGCGUGCAAAACCAAGACUCAAAAAAUACACCAGAUCCAGAAAAAAAAGGGAUCAGCACUCACACAGUGUGCUCCAGUUAACAUGAGGAAGCAUAACGCAUAGGAGACACAUUAGAAAUAAUUACAUUCUGAGUAUAUUGUUGCACAGUGCUGCAAUGCAAACACGACCAAUCAAAGGAGAGCUUUACUCAUGAAUCAUAAUCUCAUAUGUUGUUCCUUAUCUUUAAAAGGAAUAUAUUGAGUUACUACCAAUGUAAUCAAUAGUUACCAAUGGUUAAUCUGUAUAGGAGUUAUUGCAAAUUAGGACAAAUAGUAAUAAAAUACUCCCACCCUUCCUGUUUCAAACCUGACAUUUGAAACCAAAGCACAUUCCCAGCAUGUUCAAAGGAACUGAGAGAAAAAAAAAAGAUGCACAGCUUGACUGAACUUUACAUGAUCCAUUUGACUUCUGUGCUCAAGUGACAUACUGUUGAUAUUUUUGGUUUAGAUUCUGGAUUACUGGGUUGCAUUAACACUGCGAGUAUCAAAUGGUGAUUUUUCAGUGACACCCACCCGUGUGAAAUCGUGACCCAGUCAGCUAUGAACCCCUGGGGGUCUGCAGCGGACAAACACAGCACACCCAUCAAACGCGGCGGGAUUAGCGGCCCCAGCGCUGCUUCCUGUGGAGUUGCUUAGCUCUGCACUGGACACAGUCCCAGCGCUAUGAAUGCACUGUUCCACGGAAGGGGAGCCAGUACAGACUGUGAAAGCGCUUGGGUUUGAUGUGAGCUGAUACCCUGUGUUGACAGAGGGCCUCCUUCUACGAACAGGGAAAACUUGUGCAGUGAGGUAGUUCGGGAGAGCAUUGUCGCCGUAGUCUAAGGCUUCUCGUUGUCCUUAUAAACAAUGACAAAAUUUUCAGUCUUCGAUGACACCGGCUUUGUGACCUUCUCAGGCACAUCGGAUGGAGUGGCACUGGGCUGGAUGAGGGUAUUUCUUCAGUGGGACUCAUUUGAGGAAGGCUGCUGAAAUGGUAUCGAUAAGCUGUGUUGUCCGCUAAUCCAACUCAAAGCCAAGAAGUCAAUACGGGAAAUGCUGUCCUUAGGAUGAGGCCGAGGCUGAUCUUUCUUGACAAGUGCGCUACACUUGCAUGCGUGUCUGCUGUGCAAAGCUUCAUCGAGAUAUUCACAAGUUCGCAACACCAUUAAGUCAACAGGACACGCCUUUGGCGUAAUAAAGUGACCCUUCGGACAACGGUGAGAAUGUUGCCUCACCUGGUGCCACCAAAAUCACAUCUGUGUAACAAUAUUACAGAGUCUGCUAAAUAAAAAUUGUAGUAAUUGUAAAUUAUAGUGGCUCAGAACAAGCUGUUAUGCUAUGCAAAUACAUCACAUUAAAAAAUUCAAUGUA